AUGUUUUUCCUGGGGAGGGACCGAAGCUCAAUGGCUGAGAGCCUUCCUUCCCUUCAACCCAUGGCUCAGCUGCUGCCAGCCAGAGUCGGGCAGCACUGCGUUGGGUGGUGGAUCCUCCCCCAAAGGAGACCCCGAGCAGCUGCGCUGGAGGAGGAGAAGCUUUGCAGGGAGCCAUUUGCGGAAAUAUUCGGAAGAGGCUGGAUCCGAGGUGGAUCCCUCGGAGAAUGCAUAUACCAGGCAUCCUCUCCCGGCUGCCUUAUGCGCCGCCAGCGGAGCGAGCUCUUCCCCCCCCCCUCCCCUCUCAAGGGGUUAAACGCACAGAGCUCUCCUUGCCUAGAGAGGUCCAGGGAUCUGGCGGCGGGUGCGGGGAGGGUGUCGUGGGUGGGAAGGGUAAGUCCCCUUCCUGUCCUGCAGCCUUUCUUUUCCCGGGGAGAAACUGCCUUUUGUACGCCUGCUCCGCAUCGAGAGGAGGCGGGCGGCACGUCGGUUCCCGGGAGAAAGUUGCGCCUUCGAGAGAGGCUUUGCGGGGGAGGAGGUGAGUGGGAGGCGGCCGGGGGAGGGGGAGGGUCCGGAGAAAGUGGGGGGAGGGGGGAAAGGGUCAGUAUUGAAUGGGGGGGGGCUUGUGGGGGCUUCAGGAAACGACCCCCCACGCCGUCCUCUUUUGGAGGCUUUCCGGCGCAAUCCUUGCAAUGCAAGCGCGCUUUUUCCCUGGAGCAGAUCCUGCGGAACUCCCCGCAGCUUUACUUCCGAGGAGGCAGGUGCCCAGUCACCUAGAGUGGGGGAAGUGGAGAGACGAAAGGAUUUUUGCUUCUCUCUCUCCACCCCCCCUCCAAAAUAAUAAUAAUAAUAAUGGUCUGCGACGGAUUUAUGUAUCCAUUGUCGGGUCCCAUUUAUAAUUCUUUUGUCAUCCUGCUUUUCCGCGGAGCGCAAGGAAACUUCUCCGCCCUCACAACGACAACGACAACCCUGCGAGGGAGGCCAGGCUAAACAGGCGGCGUCUGGCCCCAAGGUCGUUCAGUGGGGAUCUGAAGCCUAAGGCUGUUCCGGGUCCUGAGUCUGAGACUCUGAAGCCGCUGCGGUCAAAUCCUCGGACUCUCACCGAAAACGAAUCAAUAGGGACAGUGGUUUAAUUCAGAAUAGGAGCAGAAAAAUAAAGGAUCACCCCAGUAAACGGUUUCACAAUGUAAAUCCAAGCACAAAAGAAGAUAGAUCUGGCACUGCUGGUGGAUGUUGGGGUGAUCUGCAGUAGAGGAGCAAAUAUUUCUGAUUCCCAACAAUAGCGACAGCAAAACUCAUCUCCCAGUCCUAAAGUAUAAAACUGAGAUGAAUAAACUUUGGGAUAAACAGGAGUUUGUUUUUGUGGAGAGCUCUGUUGGGUCAUUUCUGGUAUUCCGUGCAAAUUAUUGGGGCUUAAAAGCCUUUGAUUCCAAUGGCUAACAAAAAGUUCUGUUCAGAGUUGACGGAAAUUCAUAGACUUAAGUUAGGAAUGUCUGCUAAUUUCAGUGGGUCUAAUCUGAGUAAGACAAGUACUGGAUGUAAUCUUUUGCACCAGGAUCCAGGUGAGGGAUCUUAGGGUUUUACUGAAGACAAAGUUGAUCCCACAAGCCCACACUUGCUGGGCGCUUCUGGUCAGAAGUGAGUCCGCUUAUGGCCAGUGGUUUUAAUGCAGCAUAAUUAGUGGGUGUAAGAUUGCAGCUAGCUUGCCAAGAAUAUUAAAAUAGGUCAAAACAAGAUAAAGCAAAUAAACAUUCAGUAUAACCAGGGGUGACUAGUGAUCCCUGGACCUAGUGAGGCUGUUUUAGGGCCAUAGAAGUCAUGUAGGCAGGACAUCCCUUGCACAGAAAUAGUGGAUAUUUAAGCACAGCAAUUGCACAAAUAAUUCUAUUUUUUUAAGGGGGGGCAACAAUAUAAUUUGGAGCAGUUAAGUUAGGAUCCCAUGGCAUUCAAAUUCUAAUGCAAUAAAAUACAGUGUAAGAACUACAAGAAGCAAGUAAAACAACAACUAAAAAACAAUUUACAUAUUUCAUGCAGUGGAAUAUUUCAAUCACAAAUCCACAGACCACCUAAAUGGUCUAUGGACCAUUGUUUCAGAACCUCUGAUUUAGAGGUAACUUACUUUGCUAUCCUAUACAUAUUUGCCUGGGAGCAAGUCCUGCUGAACUUACUGGGGCUUACCUUCUGAGUAGGAUUGUGCUGUCAGAGACAUAUAACUUGAAACAGAAAAUGCAGGUAUCGAAAGUAAUCCACCAAAAUGAAUUUUACCCCCUCUCCUGCAAUUGGGAAUAUAGACACAAUUUCUCUGUGUGUUACAUGCCCAGAGAGGUAGAACUUAAUCUGAAAUUUUAGACAUUUAUCUGUUUGACAAUUCUGAGUAGGCAUGUAUAGGAUUUCUCUCCACAGGCAUGUAUUUACAGCAUUUCGGAGACUGCACUUCAGUCUGUUAAAGCUACAGUAACUGCAACAAGCACGUUUAUCGUGACAUAAUUUCAUGCGGGCAGGAGUGGGUUUAUGCCACAAUAACUAUACACACCUACCCAUUAAAUUCAGUGGGGCUUACUCCCAGGUAAGUGAGGAUAGGAUUUGAGCCUGAUUAGCAUGUAUAGGAUUGCAGCUUAGGUAGGUUAACAAAAAAUAUUAUCAUUAUUAUUAAUCAAUUAAAUUUGUACACUGCCAUUCAUCCGAAGACCACAAGGCGGUUCACAGCAUAAAAGGACAAAAUGUGAACACAAAAUAUAUAAUACAUAAUAGAACAAAAACAAACCAAUAACCCCCCUCUCUCACACACAUUUAAAAGGCCAUAGAAAGCUAGUCAGUCAAAGUUAGUCAGUUGAAGAAAAGCAUUUUCACCUGGUGCCUAAAGGAUGAAGGAGCCAGGCUUCAUUAAAACAUGUUAUUUUAUUAAAACAUAGCAUCAAAACCCGGUAGAAUGGAUAUAAACAACCUGAGGAGGCCUUUUUGGUGGCUGCUCCUAGACUUUGGAGCUCCCUAGAGAAGCUAAACUUGCUCUGUCCUUGACUUGUCUUCUUGCAGGCAAGUGAAGACCUUCUUAUUCCAACAGGCUCUCAGAGACUGGCUGGUUUUUUCCCCGCAGGAAAGGGUUUUAAAAUACUGCUGUGCUGUUUUACUCUCUGUAUUUUAAUAAAUUUGUUUGUAUAUUGGUUUAAUUCUCUUACAGCUUAGUUGCUUUUCAGCUAUUAUUUUUUAUGUUUGUGUUAUAAUUUGUGUACAGUGGAACCUCGGGUUAUGUACCGCCCUCGUUGUGUAUUCUUCAGGAUACGCACGCGGUGAACCCGGAUGUAAUGGGAAGGCUUUCGGCGGUUGCGCCUACGCAGAAGUGGGCUACCGCCGGCUGCAUGCGCAGAGGUGGGCUACCGCCGCACACACCUGUGUAGAACAGGCACCUCUGGAUACGAAUGUUUCGGGGUGUGCACAGACCCUCGGAACGAAUUAAAUUUGUAUCCAAAGGUACCAUUGUAAGUUGCCUUGGGUUUCAGUCGGGGGGGGGGGGAGGCAGGAUAUAAAUAAUGAUAAUAAUACUAAUACUUUAUGUUUCCCAUUCAUGGCCUAAAGCAGGUGUGAUGUUGCUGAACUACAACUCCCAACAGCCCCAGCUAGUAUGGCCAGGGAUGUUGGGAGCUGCGGUUGAGCAACAUCUGGAGCCAGGGGUUCCUUGGCUUAGAGAGUGGUUCUGAAGUGAGAAAAAUACCACAGCACUCUUACGUUAUUUUAAAUUUAUGAAGAGAGACAAUAGUGGGUAGAGAAGCUUCUGCACCCUAUUGCAUUUUAAAUGUUUUGUUAUUGUGUUUUUAAUAUUUUAUAAUAAUAAUAAUAAUAAAUUGCACCUGUUCUGCUGCACAAGCCAAAAUCCUUGCACACAUGAGACGUUUGCUUGGUGCUCAUUGGAGGCAGCCCAAUAAUAACCGUAUCAAUCAUGAAUUUAUGCUCCUGCUCAGGUGGCACACAGCCAGGAAGAAGCGAUGGCAGACUGUAACUUGCUAGGACUGGGACCAAGAGGAAAGCAGGCUGAAAGAGACCCUUGUGACUCCCAAGGGCCCCCCGCCAAGGAGAUUUUGACUGGGGCAGCUUCCCCACAGUCUGAGGGGCUGCGACAGCAUCAGGAGACUCAGGAACAGCAAAAGGGCUCCAAGUCAGCACCGUCUCCUUACUCCGUGUGGAGGCCGUCGCGGUUAUUCAAACCCGUGUCCACGGAGGAGAGGAAGGAAUUUAAGGCCACCUACCUAACAAGGAAAGACGGCGGCCAGCUGCCCAGAGGAGAGUCCGCCAUUGCGAUGCAGACCUUGCCCGUUCUUGGCCGGGGAGCGCGAGAAGAGGCCUACGAAGGCUCGGAAGUUUCCAGGGCGCUGAAAGGACCGAUUCCAGAUGAGGACGAUGCUGACUGCUUGGAGAUCCACCGCCAGCACUUCCGCCAUUUCUGCUAUCAGGAGAUCGAGGGGCCCCGGAGGGUCCUGAGCCAGCUCCGUGAACUCUGCCGCCAGUGGCUCAUGCCGGAGAGGCACACCAAAGAGCAGAUCGUGGACCUGGUGAUUCUGGAGCAGUUCCUGACCAUCCUGCCCUUGGAGAUGCAGAUCUGGGUCUGCAAAGGCGGCCCGGCCACCUGCACCCAGGCGCUGGCCCUGGCCGAAAGCUUCCUCUUGAAGCUGCAAGAGGCUGAGAGUCACGAACAAAAGGUAGGAGGGGGAGCUUUGCUUGAAGGUGCAGUUGGGGCAGGGCCAGAGUAAUGGAGAACCCAGUGUCAGGAACAGAUGCCAGGAGUGGGUCAGCAAUAAAUCACACAGGGAAAGGGAAGUUUAUUAAGAGAAACAAGCUUGGCUCAGGAGUGCCAGGCCUAAUGAGCACGACGACUCUUCUUGGUAGUUCUUGUUCCUGUGAGGCAGUUGUGGAGAUUAAGGGUCCCUGCCUUCCAAUAAUAAUAAUAAUAAUAAUUCAUUAUUUAUACCCCGCCCAUCUGACUGGGUUUCUCCAGCCACUCUGGGCGGCUCCCAACAGAAUAUUAAAAACACGAUAAAACAUCAAACGUUAAAAACUUCCCUAAACAGGGCUGCCUUCAGAUGUCUUCUAAAAGUCAGAUAAUUGUUUAUUUCCUUGACUUCUGAUGGGAGGUUGUUCCACAGGGCUGGCACCACUACUGAGAAGGCCCUCUGCCUGGUUCCCACAGCUGCCUAAGACUAAGUCUCCUCCUCCACCUGGCCCUUCCCAAGCAAUCUGAGGCUAUGCCAAUGUGCCUGUCUCUGCUCCUUCCUUUUUUCAUGCCUCUUCUGGUUCUGGGAGACCAGGGGGAAGGGGACAUUGUUGCAGCAGGAGGGCGAGACCCCCAUGGUUCCUUCACCAGUCUGUCCCCCCUUUCCCGCUCUCCUGCUUCCACUUCUGGGCUUCUCUCUGCCACAGACUCUCCCAGAUUACUAAACCCUGUUACCUCUUCAACUUCCAACACCUCCACUUUCCAGUCUUUUCCCUCUUCUCCCUCUGACCGCUCAUCAUUGUCCCACCACUACUCCCCAGACUCUGAGCCUUCUUCCCCAGGGGGCUACCUUGCUAGUUCCUCCCACCAUUCCUCUGCAUCCAGCCAAUCUGUGACACCCAGAGGCGAAGAAUCUGUGGUCCAUGGGCCUAAUUAGCCCCACCAGUCUUCUUCGUGUUUCAGCAAAGCUGAACCCACCUGAUGUCAGGUGAAAUCACGGCUGUGCCCGAAAAAGGGGGUUUGCACGUCUGCGGCCCCUGCAAAUUUCUCUGUAAGGUGCUUUGAAACCCCAGCUAUCAGCUGAGUGUUGGGACGUCAGAGCACAGCACAGGACUCUCUGUAAGCAUCUACUGAGUGUUGGGGAUUGAAGAGAGCCCUGCAUAACUGAAGCCUGGAGAAUCAGCUGGGACCAGUGGCAUUAGGGAUCUUUCUUUUGGGAUCAGAAAUUACAGCGGAUCCUUUGUCGACUGGUGGUCUUUGGGGGGGGGCAGAGUGGGAGAGAACAGGCUUUGGCCCACUGACCACUCUCAGUUCCCCACCCUCUUGAGAUAAUAACCCGAUUGGUUAAUGUCAUGGCACUGAAAUGAGGGCUCCUCAUCGUCUGUCGUCAGCCUUGCGGAAGGGUAAGAGAAGUUGCUCAGACUGGGAAGAGAUGUAACGGUCAGAUCCGGGUCGAGAGGCACCUGCCUGGCCACUGUCCCAGACAGGAUAGGGUGGCCCGGCAACAAUCUUCUUAUGUUCUUAGACUGGCAGCGUGCCCCAAGGUCAGGCUGCGCCAGGCUUUCAUAUCUCUCCCUCUCGCUUGCAGGCGGAGGUGCUGAGAGGAAGGGAGCCAAACCGGGCCACUGAGAUACAAGAGGGAUUUCUAAGAGGACAGAGCCCCCAAAUGUGCAAACUUCAAAACAGACAUGCACUAAAGGAACAAGAGACACCCACCCCAGCAAAUUAUUUGUCAAAAUUACAAAUACCUAAAUACAGACAGUCAUUUACCCUCGCUAGAUUCAAUGUGCUGCCAUCUGCCUUAUUGCAGGGCAGAUUUGAGGGUAAAUCAUACGCGAAACGAGUCUGCCCCUGCGGCUUGAUGGAGGUAGAAACUGUCUCUCAUGCCUUGUUACACUGCGUCUCUAUGGGGUUAUAAGCUUGGUAUUUAUUACCCCUGCUAUGCAAAAAUCUCCAAAUGAAUCCGAACUUCAGUGUCUAAAAUCCCUGGUAGAGGACAAGGAUCCUGAGAUCACGUUAAGGGUAGCCAAAUUCUGUGCAAUUGCCAUAAAACUUAGGGAACAAGCUGUGCUAUCAUAAUGAUUAAGGUUUUAAAUGAUAAUUUUAGGCUUUAUGUUAGUGACUAGGUUUUAAUUUAUAUAUUUUUAACUGUUGCUAUAUCUGUAUUGUCCCUGUUAUACCUAAUUGCAAAUUCAAAUGUAUCCCUAUCGUGUUUUAUGACUUCCUUGAUAUUGUAUCUGGGCUGGAACUGGUCUGUAACCGAAAUAAUAAAAUUUAUUCACCCACUCCUCCCAGCGCCGGUGAAAACUAAGCAUGUUCAGGAAUCCGAGACUGUUUGAUAGCUCAGACCUAGGGUAGCUGAGUCCGCAGAGCACAAGACUCUUAAUCACUGGGUUGUGGGUUCGAGCCCCAUGUUGGGUUAAAUACCGUAUUUUUCGCUCUAUAGGACGCACCUAGUUUUUAGAGGAGGAGAUCAAGAAAAAAAUAUUAUUUCCCCCCCCCCCCCCCAGCCCCAAAGAGCAGCCUUUCCACUUCUCCCAGAGCUUCUCGGGGCUGCGGGGGAAGCCCGGGUUUCUCCCCCCCCCCCCCAGCCCCAAAGAGCAAAGAAGCCAAGACAGCGAGCGGGAUCCAUCCUGCUGGUUGUCUUGGCUUCUGCAACCUCUCCAGCCGGGAGCUAAACCUCUCCAGCGUGGCUAAAGAAGCGGGGCUAAAGAAGCCAAGGCAGCGAGCGCAAUCCAUCCCGCUCGCUGCCUUGGCUUCCUCUUUAGCCUUGCGCAGCCUCUCCAGCCGGGGUGGAGACACUCCUUCCCCAGUGCUAACUGGAGUUGUCGGGAAUUGAACCCGCGACCUGCUGCACACAAAGCACAUGCUCUACCUGCUAAGCUGUAGCCUUCCAUCCGGCUCUUGAGUAACAGGGAUGCUUGUAUUUCAGGUGUCCGGUCUAGUGGAAGAGGCGUUUGUUAAUUCACCAACAUCAGAGCAGGAUCCGUUGGAGACUGUGGAGAUGCAGCUCUCUACAGAGAACGAAGAGGAGGACGAGGAUGAUGAUGAUGAUGAUGAAGAGGAAGAGGAAGAGGAGGAGGCCGUUCUGCUGGGUAAGGUUGUGGUUCAGAGUUCUGGGUUCAAGUAUUAAUGCAAAACUAGGCUCCAAAGGGAGAUCUGUUUCACAUGUCACAUAGUUUUGCAUCAAAAUCUGCCACCCCAUGAUGGGGUGAUGAGCACUAGCAAAGAUGGCUGCUGACAGCAGUUUGGUGCGGCUGAGUUGCUGCAGCAGACUGGGACAGAGAGAUGGAGGAGAGUCAGGAUGGUAGCAAGUUUGGCACAGUGCAAACACGCCGGUGGAGGGGAUCUGGAGCUCCUAUUGGUGCUUUCAACCUCCUCUGGCUCCCGGUACAUUUCUGAGCACAAUUCAAAGUGUUGGUGCUGACCUUUAAAGCCCUAAAUGGCCUCGGCCCAGUAUACCUGAAGGAGCAUCUCCACCCCCAUCGUUCAGCCCAGACACUGAGGUCCAGCUCUGAGGGCCUUCUGGCGGUUCCCUCCCUGCGAGAAGUGAGGCUACAGGGAACCAGGCAGAGGGCCUUCUUGGUAGUGGCACCCGCUCUGUGGAAUGCCCUCCCAUCAGAUGUCAAGGAAAUAAACAAUAAACUAUGUGACUUUUAGAAGACAUGUGAAGGCAGCCCUGUUUAGGGAAGUUUUUAAUGUUUGAUGUUUUAUCGCUUUAUUAUUAUUAUUAUUAUUAUUAUUAUUAUUCUGUUGGGAGCUGGGGUAUUAUUAUUAUUAUUAUUAUUAUUAUUAUUAUUAUUAUCAUCAUCAUCCCAGCAUGCUGCAGCAACUCAACUGGACGGAGAUGAGGUGAAGCCCAGAGUUGGUUUAUUUAUUUAUGAAAUCAUUUACAGGCUGCCUUUUGGGAUGCAAUCUGCUCCAGGAAGCUUACAUAUCACAGAAGCACACAACACAGCCACCCAAUUCAGAGUGCAACCUUUGGCAUGUUAACUCAGAAAUAAGUUCUGCCAUGUUCAAUGGGUCACCCUCCCACAGUCCUAUGUAUUUGUACUGUCCUCAUCCUUCAAAUGUGGGUCCUUGCAUCUGCACACAAGCGGUCGUUAUCAGAAAGAGUAGCUUGCAGUGGUUAAGGCAAUUCGGUGUGGACAUAAGCAACUUUGAGAGCUUGUCGGCUGACAGGCGGGCUGGAAGUUAAGCGAACAAACCACCGACUGUUGUGCAUAACCGUUGUCAUGAUUAUUUGCUUCUUUCAGAACACGAAGAGCAUGGGCAGGAGAACCUGGAGAAGGAGGAGUUGCUUCUUGAGAAACCCAGGCUGACCGAGUGGGGGCUGGCGCUGGACCGAGGCGGUAAAGGGUCCUACCUCCAAGGUCCUGACAUGGAAGCAAUUCUCGGGAACGGCCGGGAAAACGUCCCCGGGAAGGCUUCAAAGCAAGCCGAGAGCGACAAAGGCUUGCGGGAGAGGAGCCUCCAAGAGGAAGUUCUCCGGCAGAAGAGGACGAAGGCAGGCUCCGAAAACGGCCUGCGCCUCAGCUUCCUGAAGAACCAGAAGACACAAACGGUGGACAAGCCGCGCCGAUGCCCGUCCUGCGGGGAGCGCUCUCACAAGAGGACGUGCGUGGCCAUGCGCGAGAGAGCCCCCGGUGGGGAGCAAGCCCGCAAGUGCCCGCAGCGUGGCAGGGAGCAGCCCCACAAGUGCCUCUCCACGCUGCGGCGCGACGAAGGCCUCCGCGAGAGCCAGGAGGGGAUCUGCCGGUGGAAGACCAAGAAGCGAGGGGGCGCAGGCGGCGACUGGCGGCAACAGUUCCAUCACCUGAGCGCCGACAGCUGGCGGGCGCAGAAGGGAGAGAAGGCAGCAAAAGGCUCUGCGUGCAGCGUCGAGAGGGUCCCCUGGCGCGCGGCCUUCCCAAACCGCGAGCGGGCCGAGCAAGUGGGGAAGCCGCACCAGUGCUUUGAGUGCGGCAAGAGCUUCAGCCAGAAGGGGAACCUCAACAUCCACAAGAAGACGCACACGGGCGAGAAGCCAUACCCCUGCUCCGAGUGCGGGAAGUGCUUUGUGACGAACUCUCGGCUGCUCACGCACAAACGGGUGCACACGGGCGAGAAGCCGUACAACUGCUCGUACUGCGGCAACAACUUCAGCCAGCUGGCGCACCUCGUGCAACACCAGCGCAGGCACACAGGGGAGAAGCCCUACAGCUGCCCCUACUGCGGCAAAAGCUUCAGCGUCAAGGCCAACCUCAUCACCCACCAGCGCACCCACACGGGGGAGAAGCCCUACGAGUGCUCCGAGUGCCCCAAAAGCUUCGUUUCGAGCUCCGACCUUAAGAAACAUAAACGGGUACACACGGGCCAGCUCUAUACGUGA